AUGAACACCAACAGCUAUUCAUCCCCCUUGAUUUGCAUUCACUUAUUGUAAAUUAUUAUGAUAAGAGCCUGAGGGGGGAAUUUCCCCCUUUCCCUGGGAGUCCCAUAAAACAAUAGAAUUUUAGCACUUUGUAAUUUAGUACUCUCUAAAAUCUAGUUGCUAGUGGAAGAGAAGUUGCUUGUGGAAGAGAAGUUCCAAGUGA